ACCUGUGCUCCCAGGGCUGACUGGGUGUUUCCUCCAGGUGCUCAGUCAGUGGUUCAAACCGUGACUCAGCAGUUCCCAUACACCCAUGGAGCAGCUGAAGUCCCACCUGUUGUGCUCACUUACUGAACAAAGCUGGUGGAGAAGAAAUAAUGCCUUAAUUUUCCCUUUAUUUUUUCAGUCUGACUAUCUCCGGGAAUGCCUAGGAGCUUCUGCAGGAGAUCAGAGAAGGCAGGAGAUGGAGUUACAAAGACCGAGUGCAAGGAGGCUGGGAAAUGAGGAAGACCACACACACCUGGUUGGCCUUUCCCCUCUGGGUAAUAAAGCACGUCCAUCAAAGCACACCUCGGCGUGUGUGUCCUGAUGGUUUUCGUAUCCUCCCUGACAGUCUGUCCCCAUAACAUCGUGGCCUUUUGCAGCCCCAUCACGGAGAGCACUGCUGCCAUGAAGGCCGUCUUGCUGAAGGCACACUUGUGCCAGGAGUGUGGCAAGUCCUUCAGCAAGAAGGGCAACCUGAAGCGGCACCAGCGCAUCCACACGGCGGAGGAGCUCUUCGCUUGCAGGGAGUGCGGGCGGUGUUUCUCCACCCGGGGCCACCUCAGGACCCACCAGAGCAUCCACACUGGGGAGAGGCCCUUCCGCUGUGGGGAGUGCGGGCGUUCCUUCCGCCUGGAGAUAUGCCUGGCGGCCCACCGGAAGACACACACCAAGGGUGGGCCCUACCUCUGCGCCCACUGCGGCAAGAGGCUGAGCACAAAGAUCUACUUCAACAUCCACCUGCGGACGCACACGGAGAAGAGGCCGUUCGCCUGCAGCGAGUGCGGGAAGAGCUUUGUGAAGAAGGGGACGCUCACGGCCCACAAGGAGAUCCACAAGCGGGAGAAGCCCUUCAAGUGCCCCGAGUGCAGCAGAUGCUUUGGGCAGAGUGCCACGCUGUUGGCCCACCAGAAGAUCCACCUUCGUGGAGGGCCUUUCAUUUGCACUGAGUGCGGGAAGAGCUUGAGCACCAAGCGGUAUUUCAGUGUGCACCAGAGGAACCAUGCUAAGCAAAAGUCACUCCAGGGACACCUCGAAGAUGCAUCUCUCCAGGUCAUACAGAUUAAAGAGGAACCUGCCUUUAAGUCAGAAGAGAAUGUGUUGGAGUGUGUGUCUCAUGAAGGUGGUGGAGUCCUACCUAAAAACCCAUAUGAUCCAAAAAGCCCUGAACGGAAAAUCCAAAUGAAAGAGGAACCUGAACCACUCAUCUAUGACACAGAAAAUAUUACUGCAGUAGCCUGCCAGAAACUUCGUAUCAAGGAAGAACCACAAGAAAACCUGGACUAUGGAAAGCUCUUUGAUCCAGAGCUCUCAUUGUUGGUUUUACAGGGAAGACAGUUUAAAAAGGAAAGAGAUUCUGAUGGGCAGCAUGACCAAAAAGCUCCCAUAGCUGGUAACAGGGUGCUCCACGUGAAGGAAGAACCACAGGAAAGCACUGAGUGUGAGAUCCACUGUGGUCAGAAGCCAAACCUGAGUGCCACCCAAAGGAUUCAGAUUAAAGAGAAAGCCAGUAUGGAGGAUGACCACCAGGAGAGACAGAGCCCAAGGAGGAAGCAGAAUAAAUACAGUCAACCCACCAAAGAGGGGAUAAUGGAGAAGCAGAAGAAAUCCACGUCCAAGAAAGAUCUCUCAACAAAACGAGCUCCCAAAGGUGAACGGAUAUUCCCCUGUCCUGAGUGUGGGAAGAGUUUCAAUCAGAAAUCAAACCUGACCAGACACCAGAAGAUCCACACGAGUGAGGGGCCUUACAAGUGCACCGAGUGCGGAGAGAGCUUCCGCAUGAACCGCAAACUGGUCCGGCACCAGCGAGCCCACAUGAGCGAACCUUUCAAAUGCACCGAGUGUGGGAAGAGUUUCACCCAGCGCUCCAACCUGGUCCGGCAUCAGAGAAUUCACACCAAGGAGGAGCCCUACCAGUGCCCUGAGUGUGAGAAGACCUUCAACCAGAAGGCCAAUCUCUUCCGGCACCAAACGAUCCAUGUCCGCAUGGGGCCUUGCAAGUGCACCAAGUGUGGGAAAUGCUUCCCCCAGAAGCGUCACCUCAUUAAACACCAGCUGCUCCACUCCCGAGGUGGGGCCUACAAGUGUGGGGUCUGUGGGAAGCGCUACCGGCUGAAGAAGUAUCUGAGGAGGCACCAGAAAAUCCAUGCGCGGGAAGGAGCUGGCCCCAGCACAAAAUGUUGGGGGGAUGCAAGGCCUGGUGGUGGGCCUCACCCCACCGAGCAGAGAGCACGGGACCCUGUGAUGAGUGGAGAGCUGAGAGGAUCUGGUUCCCAUUCCUGAAGGAAAAUUCUUUGGGAAAUAGGGAUGGAGACAAAUGGAUGUUUGUGGGGUGGGUGAGGUUUGAGGGGGCAACGCAUUGAUGGAAACUGGUCCCAUCCUGUUGCUUCCUGAGACAACCCUCAGUGUAUCCUUUGCUCACAGCUGUGGGAUGGGGCUGGAGAACCCAACUCUUCAGAGCACUUAGAGAUGAAGGGAUGAGCCAUUGGCAUCCUUGGCAAUGGGAUGCUCAUGCCUCUAAAGCCAGCCAAAAUGGUGGAGACCAACAAUGUUUUGUGUGGGCAAUGUGUGCCCAGGGUUGCUGGGAGGGAUUUACUUGUAUUAUAUCAUGGUGCUAAUGAGAAAGCUGCUUCUUAGCUGCCUGCUUCUCCACCUGUCACUCUAAAGCUCGUGGUAGGAUAUUGACUUUACUGGGCAGUAUUUAAGUAUUUAAGGAAUUCAAACCAAGCAGCAGGAAUAGUUGAACAAAUCUUCAGACUUUAUGGGCUAGAAAACUGGAAAAUAUUUCCCUGUUGGGAUGCUUUCCCUUCCUUCCCCUGGUAUGAAGGGGACUGUGCAGCUACUCAAAAGUGUGGACUGUUCAAGGGUUUUUAUUGCUCAUUGCUUAUGAUUUUGUUUGAGGCUCUGAGCACCCUGACCUAGCUGUAGGUGUCCCUGUUCAUUGCAGAGGAGUUGGAUUAGAUGACCUUUAAGGGUCCCUUCCAAUUCAAAUAAUUAUGGUUCCUGCACCAGAGUGUUCUUUGUGUCUGGAAAGUCCCUGAUGAAGUGGAAAAGUAGAGUGAGCCCACAAUCCCAUGAGCCACUCCCCAGGAUGUCUUUGCAGCCUGCCACCUGGCCAGUGACAGAUUGAAAAUACUUAUUAGGGUUUGUUGUGUUGCUGUAAUAUGUAGAGUCCAAGGGAAUUGAAAAAUGUUCCAUGGUGAGGUAAUAUUUCAGCCUCUGGUUUUGUGCAGGUAGAGAAGCCCCUUACCCAUUCUUGAGGCACAUACUUCCUCCUUCUCUUGGGGUGUGUUGCAGAUGGCAUCCUCUUGAAGGCACUAAAGUCAUGAGCAUGACUUUGGGAAACUACCUGCUGUGACACUUCAGAUCGAAACUUUUGGUUGUCUGCAUUGACUACUCUGGAGCAACUCCCUCCAGGCAGGGAAACUGAGGCACGGAAGUUGGAAAGGGAACAGGACAAAUGGUGCUUGAGCUUUGCCUUUCCCAACUGCAUAGACAUCACUGUGUUGAGGUUUUCUGUUGUGGUGACUUGAGGCCAACAGUGAGUACAGCUGCCAAACCCCAAAAUCACAGAGUAACUUUUAUGUUUAGAGCCUCUCAGUGUUCAGUCAUGCACAGGACGUGAUUUCAAAAAACGAGACAAGCUCUGACAGCCUCUGAAUAAACCCACUUCUGUCUCUGUCUAUCCAAAUCGUCACCUGUAGCCAAGUUUCCCCUCAACUACCUCUGGCCUGGUGAAGAUUCAUUUCUGGGCAGAAAAGGCAGAUAUACCGGGGAAAACAACAAUUUCAGGGUUUUUUAGGGGGUGUCUAAGGUCACCCUUGUUAUGGCAAUGGAUCUGGGCCUAAUGGUGGGUAGGUGCACCCUUCAGUGCAGGGCUGGGAAACUAUGCUCCUCAGGAAGAAUGUGGCUAAGCCAGCUAGCAAAGCAAAACAUCUUCUGUUGGGCCUGCUGAGGGGCAGAGGGAGAGCAGAGCUCUUCAGUGAGGAGAAAGUAAUCACCAGAUGAAUUAAUUUAUUUCCCUUUCAUUAGUCUAGCAUGAUGCUGUAAAUAUUUUACCAGCAAGAGGAAGUGGUAUGGGAGGGUUGCCAGUCAUACUGUCGAGACCUGUGACAUAGACAACAAAGAAGGAGUCAAUGUCAGUGGCCUUCUUGGACAUUACUGGAUCUUGCACCAUUCAACAUGGCCAGCGUGGUUGUUCCAGCUUCUGGAGAAAAUCAGAGCUGAUAGUUUGUAUUAUCUUCUCAAUAAAGUAAGUAAGUAAAGAACAAAGGCAAACAAAGUGAGCCUGUUUUCUGUUUGUCGUUGUCAUUUCAUCAGCUAUCACAAGAGAACCAUGCUACUACUGCCCAUCGUAGGGACAUGACACUAUAGAUUCCUCAAAGGAGCCUUCCAAAGAGAUGCCUUGCAGACAGUUUGGAUUGCCAGGUCUAGUGUCUGCUGCUGAUUGUCAUGUUGGGUGCUUGGAUCAGGACCAUGGAAUAUUUAAAGCUCUUUGAGGGAAAAUGGAUUAAUUUGAGGAUGGGACAAUGCCAAAUCUUUACCAAAAAGCAAAAUAACCUUCAUCCUCUUCUCCCUGAACCCAUUAAAAGAGCCCCGGGAUAAUAAUAAACUACUUAAAAUCCAAAUCAUUGCCUCAUUCUCCACUGCACAGACUUUAUACAGAAAACCACAUUUGUGAAUGCUUAUUCCCUGGGCAGUCUCAAUCACCACAUGAAAAGCAUGCUCACAAGCUCUGAUUCUGCCAUUGUGGCCAGGCUGAAGCCAGUAGAGUGAGAUCACAGUUGUGUUAAUGGACAGAGAUCCAAGCUCUGAUAAAAAGAACUUUUCCAGUGUUGCGCAGUGGGACAGGAAAUCUUGUCUUGAGACACUUGCUACAAUUUUUCUAUCCAUGUAAAUUUUUUUAUGUGGUUUUUAGGAGGAAUUUAGCAUUCAGGACUUUUUGAACUUUUCAGUGACUCACUAUCUGGGUGCAUCAUCUCAGCAUCUCCUUGGCUCCAGCCUGCCUGGAGGAGAGAUGGAGACAGGCUGUGAUGAAGAGAACUUCCAUUAGAGUGUGUAUUUCAUGCUUUGAUGGGACGCAUAGAACCAAUUGGUGUUCAGCAUGUUAUGAUAUGGUGGGAAUGAGAGGGUCUUCGGGGCCAGAGCAAACAUCUGCUUGGACAUAAGUAUCCUGGGAUGUUUACUUGUCUUUUGAGGACAUGACGGUUCCCGUGAGAACUUCCUCAAGAAUCUCAGGCUGCAGGGAGCCUGGUGUCUCCACUAACAGGGACUGAGGAGAGGAAAAGGACCGGAGUGAAAACUGGGUGAGCAACAGGACAUUCAGCAUCACACAUUUGCACAAAUCCUUCCUCUGUUCACAGAGCAAACAGCCUCCACAAGGACAUGGUCAGUGGGCACGGUGGUGAUGGGUUGAUGGUCGGACUAGAUGAUCUUAGCGGUCUUUUCCAAACUUAAUGAUUCUAUGAUUCUAUAAUUACCUCCUAUCAGCACCUUGGCCACCUCUCGUCCCAUCCAGGCGCAGAGUGGUGCAGCCACGUGCCGCCAUAUGGGGCUGUGUUAACAAACUGAACUGCCCAUAGCCAAUGCCCAUCUGCAGCCACUGCCUCCAUCCCCUGACCAAAAGCAGAACUCCUCCCUCAAAAGAGGUUUCUUGUACUGGAACAAGG